CCAAAAGCUCUCUUCUUUUAGGUUUCCCAAAGAAAUGGAAAACCCAACAAAGAAAACCCACCUUCUCAUCUUUGCAACCAUAAUAGUCUCUUGCCUUGUUUGCUUGUCAUCAGCAAAACCAAACUCAGCCUCAGAAGGGUUCAGUUAUGAUCCGUGUAGUGAGAGAGGGCCUCAGCAUUGGGGGGAUCUCGAGGAACAAUGGGCAAAGUGUAAGAAUGGCAAAAUGCAAUCUCCCGUAGCUUUGUCUUUGUGGAAUGCAACUUUCAAUGGGUAUUUAGGUCAGCUGAGGAGAAACCAUUGGCCUGCAAUUGCAAUUCUUGAGAACAAUGGCCAUCAAGUUGUUGUUGAAUGGAUAGAGAAUGCAGGAUCAAUCAAGAUCAACGGCGUCAAUUACUAUCUUCAAGAUUAUCAUUGGCACCAUCCUUCCGAGCACACCCAAGAUGGCAAAACGUAUCCUUUGGAGCUUCAUAUGGUACACACCAACAAUAAUCCAAAUGUGACCAACAAAAUAGCUGUUAUAAGCAUCUUAUAUAAGUUUGGUCCACCUGAUCCAUUCCUCCGUUUGAUAGAAGGGGACAUAAAACGGCUAAACAUUGAAGGAGGUGAGAGAUGGCUCGGAACAGUGGAUCCUAGACUUGCAUGGCCAAUGUAUAGUUGGAGUGAGACAUACUUCAGAUACAUGGGAUCGCUCACCACUCCUCCUUGUACUGAAGGUGUCAUUUGGACUGUAAUGAAAAAGAUACAAACUGUCUCGCCCUAUCAAGUUGAGCUUCUUAAACAGGCCGUUGUGGAGGAGAAAAAUGCAAGGUCAUUGCAAAACAUUAAUCGUCGAGAAAUUUUCUACUUUGGCCCAUUGCUAGGGAGAAAGAGUGCAGCCUAAAUUCUCACAGAAGGCAUUGCUAAUAAUUAUUUAUGUAUCAAAUAAAAUGCCAAAGUUGUAUUACUAUUAGAUUACUUGUGUGUGAUUUAUUCCAACCGUAUGUUUAAAUUCUUAUCUAAAGUUUAAGUGUGACACCUGUUAAAGAAUGAGUGGAAACAUUAUAUUAGUUUAUUGGUUAGAAUUUUCACGAGAGUUAUGUUUGAUAGUUAAUUUGUAGUUGUUGUAAGUUAAUUGAGUAGUUGAAGAGUGGAUCGAAGUUGAGAGAGUUUAUACGCUUAGUGGAAGAGUGGCGUUAUGGUGUUGGUUUGAGAGAAAUUUUAAGGUUAGUGGUAUGUUUCGUGGAUUAGUGGUCAGUUUUCUUAUUUCCUUGUAAAUUUCUUGUAACAAUUCUCAAUUCAAUGAAUAGAAGUUCUUCCUUCUUACGAUUUCUCUCUU